UUCCCACAACCCAAGAUGGCGGCAGAGGUGGAUUUUGGCGACCUAGAGCUGUUCGAGGCUUUCCAUCCCCCGGAGGAGUCGAUUCCCAAGCCCGUUCACACCCGUUUCAAGGACGACGACGGCGACCCGGAGGACGAGGACGGGGUUGGUGACGCGGAGCUGCGGGAGAGGCUUCGGCAGUGCGAGGAGACCAUCGAGGAGACCAUCGAGCAGCUCCGCGCCGAGAAUCAAGAACUUAAAAGAAAGUUGAACAUUCUAACUCGACCAAGUGGAAUAUUGGUGAACAAUACUAAGUUAGAUGGACCUUUAUUACAAAUUCUAUUUAUGAACAAUGCUAUUUCAAAGCAAUAUCAUCAAGAAAUAGAGGAAUUUGUUUCAAAUUUAGUAAAAAGAUUUGAGGAACAGCAGAAAAAUGAUGUGGAAAAGACUUCUUUUAAUCUUUUGCCCCAGCCAUCUAGUGUUGUGUUAGAAGAGGACCAUAAAGCUGAAGAAUCCUGUGCCAUUAAAAACAACAAGGAAGCAUUUAGUGUUGUAGGAAGUGUCCUGUAUUUUACUAAUUUUUGCCUUGAUAAAUUGGGGCAACCGCUACUAAAUGAAAACCCUCAGCUUACCGAAGGAUGGGAAAUACCCAAGUACCAGCAAGUCUUCAGCCACAUUGUUUCUCUAGAAGGGCAAGAAAUACAAGUAAAGGCAAAAAGGCCAAAGCCUCACUGUUUCAAUUGUGGUUCUGAAGAACAUCAAAUGAAAGAUUGCCCAAUGCCCCGAAAUGCUGCUCGAAUAAACGAAAAGAGAAAAGAGUAUAUGGAUGCUUGUGGUGAGGCAAACAGUCAGAAUUUUCAGCAACGAUACCAUGCAGAAGAAGUAGAAGAAAGAUUUGGGAGAUUCAAGCCAGGAGUUAUUAGUGAGGAACUUCAAGAUGCACUAGGUUUGACAGACAAGAGUCUUCCUCCUUUUAUCUAUCGGAUGCGCCAGCUAGGGUACCCACCAGGGUGGCUCAAAGAAGCUGAAUUGGAAAAUUCAGGGCUUGCACUCUAUGAUGGAAAAGAUGAUGCUGAUGGAGAAUCAGAAGUUGGAGAAGUACAACAGAAUAAAAGUGUUACUUAUGAUCUGUCAAAAUUGGUAAACUAUCCAGGUUUUAACAUAUCUACUCCCAGAGGAAUUCCAGAUGAAUGGAGGAUGUUUGGUUCCAUACCAAUGCAGGCAUGUCAGCAGAAGGAUGUGUUUGCCAGUUACCUUACUUCUAACUUCCAAGCGCCAAGCAUGAGGUCUGGCAGUAAGCGGUCUUCCUCUCAGUCCAGCCCUGGUAGUCCAAAGAAGCAGAGAAAGGAAAGUAGUUCUGAAGAUUCUCCCGCUGACAUGGAGCUCGAUUCAGAUGUGGAGGUGCCACAUGGUUCUCAGAGCAGUGAAGCAUUUCAGUUUCAACCGCCAUUGCCUCCUGGCACUCCUCCUCCACUGCCACGGGGAACUCCUCCACCCCUCUUUACUCCUCCACUCCCCAAAGGGACCCCGCGUGACUCACCCCAAACCUGGAGCACAGCUGUGGAUGAGGACGCACUGACUCUGGAAGAACUUGAAGAACAACAGAGGCGGAUAUGGGCAGCUCUUGAGCAGGCCGAGAGCAUCAAUAGUGACUCUGAUAUUCCUGUGGACACACCUUUAACUGGAAACUCCGUUGCCGCUUCACCUUGCCCAAAUGAUCUUGACCUUCCUAUCCCAGAAGGGAAAACAGCCGAAAAGCCAACACUGGAGGAGUCUGAGCAACCAGACACUUGUGCAAAGACAGCUGAAGUUGAACCUCCCUGAAGCCCAGCCUCUGAGACCACCCUGCUUUGUCAGAAUGAAGAGGAGGAAUCUGCAGAGGUGAGCUCCAGAGACGCUCUGCUUGACAGUGGUGAUGUCGUAACAAACUGUAACAUCAGGAAUGGAGGCAGCCAGAAGCACCUUCAAGUGGACACCAGUUCUUCAACAGCCUCUAAAGUUCAUAGCCCUAUACCUGACAUGAGCAAGUUUGCAACUGGAAUAACGCCGUUUGAAUUUGAGAAUAUGGCAGAAUCUACUGGAAUGUACCUCAGGAUUAGAAACUUGUUAAAGAACUCUCCCCGAAACCAGCAGAAAAACAAAAAAACUUCCGAAUAACUGUUUGUUGUGGCACCAAGAGCCAUUUAAUUAUCUGUAACUGUGUUCUGUUGAUGCGUACCAAGUGAUGGGUAAAAAUUGUUCUCCUAUUCGUCCCUCCCUGUUUAAAAAUCUAUCCAAGGUUGAAUUGUGGUCUCAAGUCAAGACUAUCUUAAAGAAUGGAAAGACUGGGCUCACUAAUUUGCUGUAUUUUAUUCUCACCCACAAAACCUGCAGGGGGAGUGUACAUAGGAGCUGGUUCAGAGAUAGUUUGUUAAGGUUUAUACUAUUUUUGGAUUGUGAGUGUCUGUCAAGAGUGAUGUUUUUUAUCUGUCUUUUGUACAUUGUUUUCCCUUUCUACAUUUUGCUAAUUAUCCUGUAUAUAAGUUUAAUAUAUCACUUUUUAAAAAAAAAUUCUAACCAUUUUAAAUUCAUAUUUCAACUCUGACAACCAAAUGAGAAA